AAAACAAGCAUAUUUGAAAUCAGCUCACUUCCCGCCAAAGCACUUCAGUGCUGACAGGUCGUCCUGUGAACAGACUAGAGACUAAACAAAAGCAGACUGCAGAGGAGCCCCCUCACACUUGAAGCUGAGCGUUGAGGCAGAGACGACACAAUCAUGCUUCUGGUUCUGAGAGCUUUGCUGUUGCUGGGUCUCCUCUCUCUGGAGCACGCCAAAAAAAGUCAGACUUUCCCAGCGCGGCUGAAGCAAGGACCAAAGUACAGAACUCUCAAAGUGAGUUUGGAUCCAUCAGUGAUGCCUCAGUUUUACAGCGUUUCAACCUCAAACUUGGCAAACUCCUCUCUGUCACCCUGGACGUACAGAGAAAACUAUAAUUCAUCUCGUUUGCCCAAGAGUAUCUCAGAGGCGGAAUGCCAGACUUCUGGAUGCAUCCGUGACGGGGUGGAGGAUGACGCGCUGGAGGCUAAACCCAUCCAGUAUCAAAUCCUGGUUCUGUACAGGGUCCAGAAGCAGCAGAGUGUCGGCAAGAAAAAAAAGAAAAAGUCAAGGAAAUACGACUUCAUGCUCGGGACCCAGGUGAUCACAGUGGGCUGCACCUGUGUGAGGCCAAGUGUCAUAACACAGCAGUAAACCCCCCUUUUUGCCAAUUCAAAAAACACCCUAGUAAAUGUUUGUUUUAUGGAUCUGAGUAUAUUCACCGAACAUGUCUCUCAC